AUGGGAAAAGAGACACUGGACUUUUCCCUUUUUGUUUUUGGGACACCGAUCUUUCAUUCUGCUUCUUUUAGUUUCCCUUCUGUUGAAAGCGCCCCAAUACUCUCUUUUUUCCUUUCCUUCUUAUCCCUUUUCGUCGCCACCUUGCCGCCCUCCUCCUCCAAUACAAUUUCGUUCACUUUUCAUUAUUUCCUCCUUCUUCCUUUUUUACUUUUCGUUGUUGUUCUGUUCACUUCUGCUUCUCCCCGACCGCCAUCGAAGGACCAGUGCACCGCCACUCUUUCGUUCCCCUCACACUACAUCGACAACAAUAGAAACUUAGCAAGGUGUCGGUGUUGGCGAAGGCGAUCGGUGGAAGUGGUCAGGACCGCCAUCGAUGAAAAAAUCCACAACAAUCGGCAUUCAAUACUCACUCGAUUGGUCCUGCAAGAAGCAAUUCCUUCUGUCCACAUCAAAGAAAGAUGUGCAAUCAAAGCGAAUCACCAUUCCACUUUACUUCUUCACACCUGUAGACAAGGAGCUCCGCCUUUCUCUUUCUUAGUGAAAUCAGAUGAAUUAUUGUGGAAACACCCAUACAUCCACAUCCCAUCUGGUAUAUCUGGUGUAACAGAGUUACGCACACAAACUAUUUGUAGAAAUGCCACACAAUUUCUCUAUGUUUAUAGAUGCAUGGUUGGAGUAAUUCUUUCCUGGGCAUUGUUCAGCUUUGCUCGCCACAUGUUCGAUGAAAUGCCUUUGAGGCAUUCAUAA